CGUACAUCCUGUAAAAACGUGCGAUGUACCUUUCUCGUAAGAAUUCUGUGAAUCGAAUCGAUUAUCUGUGCACGCGCACUAUCGUGUUACUCGCCGAUUUGUUUGUUAAAUUAGAUAAAUCUGCUUGUGCAAGAAUCGAACGUACACAGCACGUAAUUUCCCUGCGUUCGCACACGCACGUAUGUACGUAUAGAAGUGACGCACACGAGAACUGUGACGGCUUCGUCGACUCGUUGGGUAAUUCCAGUCUCGUGGCAGCCAGUAUAUCCAGUGGAUCUCGAUGUAAAUGCCGUUCGAGCUGAAGACGCGGACGGCACUCCUGCUGGCUCCUCGUCACGGAAUAUUUUAUUAUGUGGAUUAUUAAGCGAAUCACUGCUCUAUUAAUAAUAGUCUACGUGUGUGCUGAUUCCGGAUAUGCGCAAACUAAUGAUACCUGCGAAUUAGAGCAAUUUCGAUGCUACGACGGACAGUGCAUACAGAGCGACUUGUUGUGCGACGGUAUAAUCCAUUGUGACGAUCAGUCCGACGAGACGGAAAGGGAGUGCAAGAAGCCGGAGAUUAUCUGCCCCGAUUACGCUUUCCGGUGCAACUACGGCGCCUGUGUGAACAGGAAUUCUCUCUGCAACGGGGUGGCGGACUGCGCCGACAACAGCGACGAGACGCAGCCGCGAUGCAAGUCCGCAGGCUCGAACAACCAGACGGUCUUGUGCAAAGUGGACGACUUUACGUGCAACAGCGGGCAAUGCAUAUCCGACGUCGCUCUGUGCGACGGAACGCGGGACUGCGCGGACGGAUCCGACGAGACGUUCGAGCGAUGCAGACUAAUACCCUGCGCCGCGACAGCUUUCCGUUGCAACUACGGAGCCUGCAUAGACGGCGAUCUGCUGUGCAAUGGGGUAUUCAACUGCGCCGAUAGAUCGGACGAAGGUCCGGAGAAAUGUGGAAUCACGUGGCCGUCGUUGCCGACGGUAACGACGACGACAACGUCACGGUCGGUGACGCCAACGCCAACACGACCAACAGUAUCGUUACCUCCUCUGAACGACGACAAGUGCAGGGCACCUCCGCAACCGCGGAAUGGUCGGUGGAAGUUACAUCAGUCGCUGUGUCCAAGUGGCCAGGAUUGCGACGUCGCGGAAGGACGGGAGUUAAAUUUGGGAUCUCGCAUUGUCUACUCUUGCAAUCCAGGAUACAGACUAAGAGGUUUUGCCGAUGUGUCCUGCACUUACCAGGGAAUAUGGCUCACCAUACCGGUUUGUACAGAAAUACACUGCAAAGGUCUAAGUACCCCGUCGACUGAGGCUAGAUGCACGUACAAUGACGAGUGGGUGCCCUGCGAGACUCCGGUUUUACCAAGAACCAACGCGAGACUGUCCUGCCGAAACAGCUAUCGACGUGAAAGUACCCUGCUCUCAACACGGCGGGACUUCGUGAGAUGCAACGCGAACGGUCAAUGGGAGCCAGAGCCCAUACGAUGCAUUCCAGUAUGCGGCGUGCCGCCUGCUGACGUUACGCCGCUCAUUAUAAACGGUAGCCGAGCUAACAUCACCGAGUUCCCGUGGCACGCCUCGUUGUACCUCGAUUACCCUGACCAGCCGAAGAUGUUCUUCUGCGGAUCGUCUAUCGUCACAGAGAAGCUUCUGAUAACGGCGGCUCACUGCGUGUACGACGAAAACACCCGACAAAUAAUCGACGCCACGAAGGUUCACGUGGUGACGGGAAACGUUUUUCGCGACUACGACUCCCCCUUGCACGAUCCGCGUCUCGUCAGGAAGAACAGGGUGAAGAAUAUUUAUAUUACGUGCAAUUAUCUAGGACUUAUCGGGAAUUAUGUCUGGGAUAUCGCGAUACUGGAGCUCGAACAGCCGUUCGUGCUGUCGGCCUGGCUGGUUCCCGUGUGCAUAGACGAUUCCGGCGAUUACGCCGUGCUGGAAGCGGGCUCUUAUGGAAAGGUCGCGGGAUUUGGUAGGACCGCGACCGGUCCGACCAGUGCGAUCCUGCAGUCCUUAACAGUACCAUACGUUCCGUUCAACCAGUGCAAAUCUGCAAGUAUAAGCGCUCAUACGGAACAGUACCUGACUACCGAUAAAUUUUGCGCCGGCUACAGGAAUGGAUCCUCCGUGUGUGACGGCGACAGUGGCGGCGGAUUAGUCUUUAAAACUGACGGUCUGUGGUUCUUACGAGGCAUCGUGAGCGUCUCCCUCGGCACGAUAAAGGAGGGCGGCAGCAUUCGUUGCGACAACAACUUAUAUUCCUUGUAUACAAAAAUAUCCAGUCACAUUGCGUGGAUACAAGAAGUCAUCUCAUCGAUAGAACGGAAUAUGCCGUAUUCACCGUGUCCAAAUAGGCCUUGAAGUUAAUGAAGCUUCGACAUUUGCUGACGGGAACACCACCCGUUGUGUUCAUUCAUUAUACUUACGAACAACCGUGAAAGUGCAUAUCAUUAUCUGCACCCUUUGUUGUACGAUUGUAUAAUCGUGUUGCACUUUUGUUGGAACAAUUAGAGACUUGAAGAAAUAGUUACUUUUAUAUGUGAUAAAUAUUGAGAUUAAUUUUACUGUUUCUGAAUAGUUCUUAAUAAUAUUGCCAUUAGACUAUUAACUUCAGAGAUUCUUAUCGCUUUAGUGAGUAUCGACACAGCAGGACAACGCAAAAAAUUAAACAAAAAUAAAUCUACUUGUCAUAC